UAUAAAUUCCAGCGUGGAACCCGGCUCUUUCCUUUUCCUUCUUUCUCGAGAUCCACCACUCUCUCUCUCUCUCUCUCUACAGCAAAACCCUAGCAACACUAACCCUUAACAUCCAUAGAGAGAGAAGCUCAACCACCAAACUUUUCUCUUCCAUUUUCCUGAUCCCAAACAAAUCCAGGGCCUUAAAUAGGAGUUCGGUUGACGAUGGCGGCUGAAGCAGCAGUAGCAUCAGCAACACCAGUUUCUGCUCAAUCAGCAACACCAGUUUCUGCUCAAGUUGUUGCAAAUGCAUUUGUGCAGCAAUACUAUCAUAUAUUGCACCAUUCGCCUGGGCUCGUAUUUAGGUUUUACCAGGAUAUAAGCAAGCUUGGACGCCCUGAAGAUGAUGGAUCCAUGGGCGUCACUACGACAAUGCAAGCAAUAAAUGAUAAGAUACUCUCACUUAACUAUGGAGACUUCAGAGCAGAGAUUAAGUCUGUGGAUGCCCAGGAAUCCUUUAAUGGCGGGGUGCAUGCGCUUGUGACUGGAUAUUUGACUGGGAAAGACAACUUGAUCCGAAAUUUCUGUCAAACUUUCUUCCUAGCACCGCAAGAUAGAGGGUACUUUGUCUUGAAUGAUAUGUUCCGAUAUGUAGAGACUGUUGGUCAGCAUGAGACAGUCCAGGUUCCAGUAACUGAUGUUGUGGCUCCUGUCACGCCAGAGCAAAUUGUUGCAGAUCCACCUCCAACACAGCAGAAUCACAUACCUGAGCAAAGCACACCGCCAGUGGAGGAAGCUGAUGUGGGAGAAGUUUACAAUCCACCCGAGAAUGGUGAUGUGCCUAUUGUUGAAGAGGAAGUGCCUGUGUCUGAGGUUGUCGAUGAAGUCCAAGAUGCCUCUGAAGUGGUAGUUGAAUCUGAAACCAAAACUGGGGAUGUUCCUAAGAUGUCAUAUGCUUCAAUUGUCAAGCAUCUCAAGGAAAGUACUGCUACCUUCUCCCCGGCUCCAGCACCUGCUCCUAGGAAGCCUAUUGCAAAGAGGGUUGACCAAGUGAAACAACCUGCUGCGACAGCAACUGAUGUCCCAGUUUCCAACUCAAAUACUGUUGAUAACAUAAAUGACCAAGAAGCUGAUGGCUACUCAAUCUAUAUAAAAGGCUUGCCUAUGAGUGCAACUGUGGCCCAACUUGCAGAUGAGUUCAAGAAGUUUGGGCCUAUAAAAAAUGGGGGAAUUCAAGUCAGAAGUAACAGGCUACAGGGAUUUACUUUUGGAUUUGUGGAAUUUGAAGUGGAAAGUGCUGUGCAAAAAGCAAUUGAGGCUUCUCCAGUUCUAAUUGGUGGACGGCAAGCGGUGGUUGAGGAAAAGAGGUCUACCAAUUCUCGAGGUAACACCAGAGGUAGAUUUCAAUCUGGAAGGGGUGGUGGAUUCAGGAAUGAUGGAGGAAGAGGGCGAGGAAACUAUGGAGGCGGUAGGGGCUAUGGUCGAGAUGAUUUCAAUGGAAGAAAUGAGUUCAACAACAGGGGUGGCAAUCGUGGGGGGUCAUCAAACCGUGGUGGAGGUGAAGGAUAUCGGCGAGCUGACAAUGCAGGUGGGCGAGGGAAUCGUGGUGGUGGGAUGCCUAAUGGAACAGCCAAAACCCCGGCACCUCGCUAUUCUGCUACAGCUUGAAGAGUAGUAGCUUAGUAUUGUUAUUUAAAUUGACAUUUAAAAUGAUUUAUUGUUGAGGUGGAAAGAAAUUUUGUCAGGAGCCAUGAUGUUUCCCAAAAAGCUCUAUUUGCUAAUUUUUCUAGUUUUUUUUUUCCCGGUUAAUCUGAUAGGUGAGGUAGGAAUGGAUUUUUAGGAAAUUUCUUUGUGUAGCAUACGGGUGUCGGAGCCCCUAGGAAGAGAUUAUCCCUUCAUUCGUUGGCCUUUUUGUAUUGAAUUAUUGUUGUGGGGGCUUUGUUACUUGUGGUAAUGGUGGAAAUUUAUUUUUUUAGCCGUUA